UGACUUUUCAACGUUACGUUUUCGUGAACGUUCGUGGACGUAGUACUUUAAAGAUGUUUAAAUAAUUCGCAGUUUUCUCUAAAUCGAUUAAUGAAACGUAGUCGUGGGUCGAUGUAAAUAGUUUAAGCGGAUAUUUAUUUAUAGUUUAGAUGUAUUAAUUAUAGUCCGAGUGUUGUGAUUACGGAAAAAAUGGCAGAGGAGGGAAAGAAGAUAUCGUUUGGUUUCGCAAAAUCACUUAAGAAACCUAUUUUAAAGACUACUUUGGUGUCACAGCAACCAAAGAAGAUCGAUUAUAUCGAGUGUCUCGAUGAGAAGAAUAUUAAAGUUAUAGGCGAAGAAGAGAAAAAGGAAGAACCUCUUGUUAUUCCUCUGUUGGGUUCAAAGACCUGGCAUGAUAGGAUUGUUAAUAAAAUCGAUGCUGAUAUUUUCGAACCCAAGGUAAUAAAGGAGGAAAUAGAAGAUGUUAAACAGGAAGGAAAACCAGAGUUGACAAAUGGAAACACAUUGCCAAAAGAUAAUUUGAUAAUAAAGCAAGAACCAGGAGAAGAUAGUGAAAGUAAAACUGCUACUUUAGAAGAACAAGCAGCUAAAGAAAUUAUUGAAGAUCUUAAGUCUAAUGAAAAACAACAAACUGAAACAAACUCGUUAACUUUACCAGUGGUAGAGGAUCAAUCACUGAGAGGCACAGAACAGUCUUCAUUAGAAGAUUAUGAAAAAAUUCCUGUUGAUGCUUUUGGAGUAGCAAUGCUGCGAGGAAUGGGAUGGCAACCUGGAAAAGGCAUCGGUAAAAAUGAGAAGAUUGUGUCAGCUGUUAUACCAGAAUUACGUCCAAAAGGCAUGGGUCUCGGAGCAGACAAACUAACAUUACAGAAAAAAAGUUCAGAUUCUAAAAAACAAGAGGAAGAACUUAAAAUUGAAAAAGGAACCUUUGUGAAAAUUAUAGCUGGAAAACAAAGCAACAAUUAUGGUCAGAUAGAGGGAUUCGACGAUGAUGCAGGAAGACUUAUAAUAAAACUAGCUCUUGGGGGAAAUAUUAUAUCCGUCAAUGAAUUCAUGGUGCAACCAGUAACUAAGUCCGAGUAUUCGAAAAAUGCAAAAGUUCUAAAUGCAAAGAAGUAUGAAGAGUACAAAGACAAAGAAACCAAGGAUAUCAAGCAUAAAACAGUUAAGAAAAGAGCAUCAACUUCUCCUGAACAAUCUGAAAGUAGCGAAGAUGACAACAAAAGUACUGCUGAUGAAAAAAAAAAGAAAGGUACUAGGCAUAAAAGGGAGAAACAUAGCAAAAUAGACGAAAAAAAAUCGAAAAGUAGGAAAAGACACUCAGACUCUGAGAGCAAUGACGAUAGCACUAGUGAUCAUGGGAAAAAAAGGAGGAAAGAGAGGAGCAGAUCUGGUAGCAGCGACUCCUACGAAUUAAAAAAGGCGAAAAAAUCAAAAAAAUCGAAGAAGCACAAGAAACGUGACAAUUCCUCGGAAAGGUCUAGUAAGAAGCAUAAGAAAAAGGAUAAAGAAAGGGAAAAAACGAGGGACAGAAAAUCAAGAGAUUCUAUGGACAAACGAAAACAUAAAAAACGAAGAAGAUCAAAAUCUCGAUCUUCCAGUAGACGAUAACACUUUUCAGAGAAGCUCUGGUGUUUUACUUUCGUGACAAAUUGUACAAUUUUGUUUAUACGCAUUUUAUAAUAAAAACUUAUUUUUACAAAUGUA